AUGCAGGGGAAGAAAUUGAAAGGCGGUGAAAAUGGUGUUGUAAAACUAAAAGCGUUAAAUCGACAGAAGAUCAUUGCUCUGGAACAAGAUGUUGAAAAGCUUAGGAAGAAGCUUAGACUUGAAGAGAACAUUCACCGAGCAAUAGAGAGAGCAUUUAACAGACCUCUUGGAACACUUCCUCGUCUUCCGCCAUUUCUCCCUCCACAGAUUUUGGAGCUACUUGCGGAAGUGGCUGUCCUUGAAGAGGAAAUUGUUCGAAUGAUAUAUGAUGCUACUGCUUUCUUUCUAGAGAGUCUAAAAGGUAAAAACAACAAGUUGACUGCUAAUUCUACAAUCAAAAUGGAGGCGAAGAAAAUGUCUUUUGCUCAUACACAACUGGAUAAGAGUUUAGGAGAUCAGAAACUACAGGAAUGUCCAAUGCAUCGUAAAGGGAGGUCUUCUCGUGGAGCUGAUGAGAACUGUGACCCAAAUAAAAUUUCUGAGGAUUUAGUUAAAUGUCUUUCUAACAUUUACAUGAGAAUGAGCUCAGUAAAGAGCCAUGGCGCCGUUAGAAAAUCUCAAGAAAACAGUAAAGAUAAUAUGUUCAGAGAUCCUUAUGGAAUUUGCUCCAGCUUUAGAAGAAGGGAUAUUGGUCCAUAUAAGAGUUUCAUUAAUGUCCAAGCAGAUUCAAUAAACCGAAACAGAAUGUCAAGUUCCUCUGCGUUUCUCAUUCGCCGUCUGAAUGGUCUUCUUGAAAGACUUUCUUCAGUCAACCUGAAGAAACUUAAUCAGCAAGAGAAGUUAGCUUUCUGGAUAAACAUUUAUAACAGUUGCAUGAUGAAUGGCUUUCUUGAACAUGGAAUAGCAGAGAUUCCUGAGAUGGUGGUAAGACUAAUGCGAAAGGCGAUUAUAAAUGUGGGUGGACACUUUCUUAAUGCAAUUACAAUCGAACACUUCAUCCUGCGCUUACCGUUUCACUCAAAUUAUAGUUCCCCGAUUGAUUCAAAGGAAAAUGAAGUGGCAGCAAGGAGUAAAUUUGUAUUAGAAUUCUCCGAGCCACUUGUAACAUUUGCUCUCUCAUGUGGUAGCUGGUCCUCACCCGCUCAGCAUGCGUAG